AUCUCGUGCUCCUCAGACGCCAGAUCAAACUAACCAUCUAUCCAAGACUCCAAACAGAUCAAAGACAUGUCCAUCCUCACUCAUGUCUUAGCCUGCCUGUUUGGGAUGGGCUCCUGGGUAACCAUAUGUGGCCUUUGGGUUGAGCUGCCCCUCAUCGUCCCUCAGGUGCCAGAGGGCUGGUAUCUUCCCUCCUAUCUCUCAAUUCUAACCCAGAUCGCUAAUGUUGGUCCACUGUUUGUCACCCUUAUGCACCGAUUCCGACCGGGUAGGCUAAAUGAAACUGCUGUGAUUUACUUCAUUGUCAGUUUUGGGACCCUUGCAAGCCUGCUCUUAGCUUUCCUCUGGAAGGAGACGGCUGUUAUUCAAGGAGUUGAGCGCAGCAUUUAUCUCCUUAUCCUGACCUUUUUCAUCUCCACUGUGGACUGCACCUCAUCAGUGACUUUCCUACCAUUCAUGAUGCAGCUCAAGCCAGAGUAUCUCACCACUUAUUAUGUUGGUGAAGGUUUGAGUGGACUGAUCCCUGCUCUAGUGGCUCUGAUUCAAGGUGUAGGUGUCAUGCAGUGUGUCAACGGCACCCAAAACUUUAAUCCUAACGAAACAAUUAACGGGUCUUUGGACCUGACUGAUUACCUAAUACCGCACUAUGCCCCAGCCAACUUCUCAGCUAAGGCUUUCUUUUUCUUCCUGGCAGCCAUGAUGUUUGUCUGCUUGGUAGCCUUCCUCCUUUUGAACAACCUUCCAGUAGUGGCUCAAGAUCGCUCAAUCAGCCUCAAAUACCAAGGUGCUAUUAAAAAUUUGAACCUUGUGAGGGAAGAGAAAAUUCCUGAACAGAAACCCAUGAUGAAUUCCCCAAGUGGCAUCCAAAAGUCCAAAACGAUGUUUGGAAAGGGAACCUACACUUGGUCGCAAAUUGUGUACAUCUUCAUAAUCCUAGCCUGGGUGAAUGCUCUGACCAAUUCAGUGUUACUUUCUGUUCAGUCCUAUUCGUGUCUGCCUUAUGGAAACCAUGCUUAUCAUUGGUCUGCUACUUUGGCCUCCUUAGCAAACCCAUUGGCCUGCUUCAUUUCCAUGGUGUAUGCUCAAAGGUCACUGGUGCUCAUGGGGUUUCUAACUGCUUUUGGCUCUGUUAUUGGUGUUUAUAUCAUGGGGAUGGCAGUGCUGAGUCCCUGUCCACUUCUGGUCAACCACAUGUCUGGAGCAAUUCUAAUAGUGGCAGCUUGGACAUUUUUCAUUCUUACACUGUCUUAUGUGAAGGUGAUGAUUGCAGUGAUAUUGCGUGAGGAAGGUCACAGUGCUCUAGUGUGGUGUGGAGCAGGAGUGCAGCUGGGCUCACUGCUGGGAGCUGUGAUAAUGUUCCCUUUAGUCAAUGUGUAUGACUUUUUCUCUUCAGGAGACCCAUGUAACACCAGGUGCUAAUGUCAAAAUGCGGUAAAUUAGAAAUCUAUUAUUUGCUGAGGGAAUAUGGAAUUUGGCAUACAUUACACACUAAUAUUUUAGUAUUAGUUAUUUCUGUAUAUAAAAAGAGAUUUUCUUUAAACUCAUU